CGCAGGGAGAAUCCGCGUCCGCUUAAAAGUGACGCAUACAGUAGUAAAAAACUCAUUCCCACAUUUGGUGAACGAAGUGGAACCGUCGUCGACGAUAAAAGAGAGGGAGAAACAAAGGUAACAGCCCGUAGAAAUUGCGGAGAAGAGGAGAAGAGGGAAAUGGACGGUGGUGGAGUCGCGAUGCAUCCGGCCAUUGUUCCUCUGGCCCACUUGCUGGGAAAGUGGAGAGGCCAAGGUGAAGGCGGAUACCCCACCAUCAACUCCUUCCAGUACGGCGAGGAACUCACCUUCUCCCACUCCGGAAAGCCUGUAAUAGCCUAUUCUCAGAAGACGUGGAAGUUGGCUUCUGGAGAGCCUAUGCAUGCUGAAAGUGGUUAUUGGCGACCCAAAACCGAUGGAUCAAUUGAAGUCGUAAUUGCUCAGAGCACUGGUCUUGUGGAGGUUCAGAAGGGGACCUAUGAUACUGGAAAUAAAAUUGUGAAGCUUCAAAGUGAACUUGUAGGAAAUGCAUCGAAGGUGAAGGAGAUAACUCGGGUAUUCGAGGUUGUCAACGGUGAAUUAUCUUAUGUGGUUCAGAUGGCUACACAUUUGCAUGAUCUUCAACCACAUCUAAAAGCACUACUCAAGAAGCUUUGAUGCAUUUGUUUUGAGACAAAAAAUGAUAAUUCAGUGUCUCUAACAUCUACAAUGAGAGCAGCUGCUGGUAAUGUAGAUACUCUGUUUUGGCAUCUAUGUAUGCCUUAAAGGGCUCAUGAAUUAAUGCAAUGGGUGUCUUUUGGCCUUUGGUUUA